CACUGGUGGCGGUUGACGUUUGGCUCGACGAUUCGCGUGCGCAAGUGGCGCUUAUACACCAGUAGCCCCGGGCCCUUCUUGGUGACAGCAGACGUCAGCGGCUCGGGGGAAGUCUUACAUCCACUUCCGGAUGGUAAGGACGUAAACGGGAGCUAUGUGGAGGGCGAAGCAGACAUCGCCGCGAAGGAAAUUCGAGUGUGGUCUUUGGACGCUCCUGCCAACGGCCUGCGUGUUUGUGAUUUCCAGGUCUUCGGUGAUGUUUCACGGUACUCGGCCCAGUUGGUGGUGCGCGGUGACGCGACCCACAGCGCGUUUGGCUACAGUGGGGCUGCAUGGGGUGACGGGAGCUCGACGACGGGGAAUGCGUCAGAGACCUACGGGACCGGAUUUGUGAUGCGUUCGCGGUACAAUGAGCGCGGAAGUCUCGCUGGCAUCCGGGUUGCACUAGAUGCUACCAACUUCUAUGACUUCUACUUUCCGACCGAUUCUCAAAAUGCAUCGCUGGCCGACCUACUCGCGCCCUCAUUCUUGGCACCUGGAACAGUCGUACAGGGUAGCGGAGAUGCCUCUUGCAAGAGUCACUCUGCGGUCAAAUCUAGGAGUGGAGUUGGCAUGGUGCGAGCCGCAGCAUUGUCGGAGAACGGCGUGUAUCCGGGUGUGGGUGCAACAGUAAGCGGUCUCUUUGGAACUGACGCGGCUUCGGUGCGCAACAGCAGCACCACGGGUUUUGGUUUCGCAUUUGAGGAUGACGGGCUUACGCGAAAUCGCUGUGGAGCGGGAGCGGGACGCUUGGCGUUGAAUGCGGAAGUAGCGUCUACCAGCGAUGGCUUAGCUGUGCCUUUGGGGCGCGCGGGCGUCAAUGAUUCGGCUGGUAGUACCUUCUGGACUACGCCGGCGGAACUGAAAGCCAAGCUUGCGGUUUUCCAUGACUUGCAGUCGGGAUGCUGCCGACAAGCGCUCAACGCGAUUGGCUUAGGGUUGAGCUCGUCGCCAGCAGCAGUGUUAUCAGGCGGCGCGGCUGGGAGCGCAAAUACGGGUGUGCUUGAGUCGCGCCAGGUUGUAUCUGCAGGAAAUGCAAGUACAACGCCUUUCCAGAUUGAUCCCCAGCACUUCCGUAUUUACAGGCUGACUUACGGGACAACCACUACGAGUACGACGCCAUAUCAGGUACCACAGCAUUGCUUGGCGGCCACACCGACACUUGCGAGCACGAUCAUGGCUUUGGGCACUUCGGCCUCUGGAAGCAGCAACAGUUCUAGCACUACGACUUUAAUGGACGUCGAGCACCCGGUGCAGCCCGGACGCAAGACGAUGACUUUUUACCACUACGAGUACGAAGUGGACGCAACGCUGCAGGUGGACGAGAGCGGACGGCUCUUCUACCAGAUUUCGAGAUCGAAUGUGCCAGAGGAUUACUGGGCCCGCUCGGGAUGGACCGACUCGGUUCUGGAACCCGGACGUUGGUACCAGAUUGCGAUGGUGCACAAGCGCGACGCAGGACAUCCGUUUGAGAAUAACCGAGCGUCGAUUCUGGUGGACGGCCUCGAGGUGCGAAGCUUCCCGCUGUACAACAUUUACGAUCUUCGCACCACUAGCCUCAACUUCUGCGGGUACCGAGUGUCGCAGCUGAAGGUCUGGUCGCAAGCUACACCACCAGGGGAUCUGGGCGUUUGCAGCAACAGGCACAAAACGAUUGCACCGACACAGGCUGCGGACUACAGGUACCGCAAUCUCAAGCUGGACGUCGCGCUUGACGAUCGCUACUACUACGAGGAAGACCUGCUGAACAGCGACAAGUUCAGCAUCAAGAUUGACGGUCGUUGGCGAGCGGACGGGCCGUCGCGGUGUCGCUAUGACAGGGCGAUGAUGACCUACUGUCUGUGCUUUCACGGAGACCUGUCGAAGGAGCUAUUUCAGCACACAAACGAAAAUGUCGACCGUGAACGAUUCCCGGCAGUGCGCGUUGUCGAGGACAUCACGAGAAAGUAUUUCUAUUUUCCUUUUUUUCAUGGUUCUAGAUGUUGAACACCCAUUCAGUAGCAGUUCCAUUUAUCUAUGAUGGAAUUGGAAAUUAUUGAAUACUUCGAUUUCGAAGCAAUCAGAAAUUGAUCUAGUCGCACUUGUCAGUUCUCAUGCGCCUCGCCUUCACAAGUUAAGGUGAGGUCAUCUUGCUCUGCUUGCAUGAAGGUAUUAUUUCCGAUCUCGCGAAGCCCUACAGUCACCAGGACAAACAGACGACCAUGUGCUUCCGGACAUGAGCGUGCGGAUCUCUCAUGCAGAGCCGCAAAGCACGGAACAGGAGUUGGCCGUCCAUCGUCCGUACUCCGCCGUGGACACGACGCCGGUGCUGACACUGCGAGGUGCUGGGCGCAACGAACUCGACUGGGGAUUCUAUGUGCAGAACUCAACAACGGGCACCGAAACGGUGACUGGCUACGAGGCCGGUGAGGAUGGCGCUCUAACACUGGACUUGAACGUCUAUGAUUUCCAGCGAUGGGACCUGAGCUACUUCACACACAGGGUAGAACUCGGUUUAACUUGCGACCACUGCCUUUUGCGUUCUCUGGCGCAAACUGCGGGUCUGAGGAUAGAGCAAGUUGCGAACGGCACAACCUACGACGAUCUCGCAAGCAAGUUGGCGCUCACUGCAAACAGCCCGAAUUUGCUAGAGGUACUAAACAAUCGAUUCGCUGUUCUCUGUGGUGUCAUCUAGGAUGGUCAUUUUAGAUUUGCUAGGGGUGAUUUUGUCGAGCUGUUCUUGUUCAUUCCAAUGUCUGAGAUCACGCUACAGGGUAAGCUACGCAGAAAAUUCUUCUACAUCGCGGGGCCACUGAAGUAUCUCAACGAAUUUUUAUCGCGGCUUGAGUAUAAACCGGAUCGUAACUUCUUUGGAACCGAUGGGGUCCUCAUACAAGCGAAGGACAAUACCGGAAAAGUUUCAAAUUUGCUCGACAUCCUAAUCACGGUACAACCGGUACCCGAUAUUCCUGCCCUCAUUUGCCCGCCCGCAUUCGAGCUAGAUGAAGGAAACUUCGAGACGAAUCCUGGUACAGUCACAAUUUUGUCACAAGAGUGGGAACUAAAGUUUUCAUUCUGUUCACCAGUUCAGAAAGGAGAUUCUUCCUCAUGAUACAACCAAUUCACUGGUUUUCUUUGUCUUAAAUCAAAUCCCAGGUUUUGAUCAGUUGUUUAUAGCGGACAACGAUGUUCCUGAGGGUACACCCGACGACGACGUCGAGUAUACUCUCCAACUCGCGGUAUCGGAAGGUACGGUACAAUACAACGCCACGGUCUAUCCUCACGUUGCAAACGACUCGUACUCACUGAAUACGCAGACGGGCGUGUUCAAAACAGUGAACAGGCUUGCCGAUAUCCGAAAGGUAAUGUGUAAGUACAACUCCAGUCGCAGAUCAUUAUCAAGAAGAUCAAUGAAUUCAAGUAGAUUCAUUUUCAAUGAUCACGAAUUUGGAAUUAGAUUUAUGUUUUCUUCUGCUUUAUUGCAGCUGUUGAGUCUCUGUCCAGGCAACCCAUCCUGGAUGGAGAAUUUAGUGCUGCUACAGAAAAAUCAAGAAUCUUGUCUGUCGAUUGUGCUCUCCCACUGUAGCACGGUCGCCCUGGAUGUUUCAUACACUCGUCACUCUAGAACAGAAAAUCUAAAACUACCUUCAGUGGGGGCUUUUCCAAAGUUCCGCAAAAAAGUCCUGUGAUCAAGAACAUAAGCCUGAAAGCUAGGGCUAGAUCGACAAGGGCAUUCCAAUCUUUACUUAGCAGCAGUUGAGUCUCUUUGCUGUUGGAUUUUGUACGGCGCAGAGAAUUUAGAUCUGCAACAUAAGUCAGAAGCUUGUCUGUCGGGUCUUUGCCUUCCCUUCGUGGCAGUCGCCCGCCCUGGAUGCUUCAGACAAACCGUCACCACACUGACUAAAAAUAAGUCAUUUUAAUUUUUACUACUCCUCGACGAACAACUACUCCUCGACGAACAACUACUCCUCGGCGAACAAGGGCGGGAUUGCAAUCGACAAAGUUAUCAAACCGAAUCGAUAAUUUGUAUCGUCUUGCCAAAUGUCACUGUCACAGAUGCUCUCCGGGCUCACAUAUGAGGCGACAUCUACGACGUUCCACGGAGUUGUUUUAGCGACAUUUAACACCCAAGGGACAGCAGCGAAUAGUUUGGCUAUGGAAUGUAGUGCGGGUAUCUUGGUCCAUCCAGUGAACACUCCUCCGUCUGUGACGUACAGCGGACCUGUGGUUUUAUCCCGCGCAGCGAUGCUUGGCCUUGGGAUCAGCGUGGCAGGUAUCGGCGCGAACUCUUUGUCUUUUGCAGGUGUCCGUGUGAAGCACACUGUGUACAGAGACAGGUCUGAUAGAAAUUUUUGGACAACCACUGCCUUUAUUUUGCUGCUUUUUGAGUGAAGCUUUCCACGGGAGUGAAACUACAGGUUUGCGGUUUGACGAUGUUGACUUCGGCUCCGAGCGCUACGCGGAUCGGACGGCGGGCGUGCGUGUGAUGCUCUCGGUAGGCGGUGCGGAUGCUACACCCUGCGUGCCUACAAUGUCCUUGGCAGAUGACAACUUUGACCGAAUCCUUGGUAUUCCGACGGAAAAUAUUGGCGGCACAGAAGGAAUGACGUUUUUGAUGGGCAACGGAUGGGCGGAUCAACGACUAGUCAUGGAGUCGUCGCUCGCGUUCAUGAAUCGGCAGAUUGGAACCCGGCUCUUAGUGGAUCCAGCUGCGUGCCAGUCAGCGGUAGAACUGAACGUAACAAUUAACGAUCUCGGAAACUACGGCAAAGGAUCCGCACUAGAAGACACGAUCUCGUUGUCGCUGGGCGUUGUUCCGUAA